AGUACAACAUAAAAGAAGAAAAGAAAACAAUGAUGAUGUGAAUGAACAGAGCGGAGCAGGUUUGUCUUUCUCUGUUGAGGGAGUGCCGCACUCUCUACAAUGUCAAGCAAAUUCAUGCUCACGCAUGUAAAACCGGCCUCACCGCCGACCCUUUCAUCGCCGGAAAGUUCCUAUACCAUAGCGCCAUCCUCAUCUCCGACGCCCUUCCUUAUGCCCGCCGCUUCUUCCUCUUCUUCCUCAACCCAGAUGUCUUCAUGUACAAUACCCUCAUCCGUGCCUUUUCUGAAUCCGCCUACCCUCACAUGUCUUUCAUCACUUUCUCUGACUUGCAUCGCAACUCGACGAUUCCGCCUCCGGAUAGCUUCUCCUUCGCCUUUUCUCUCAAGGCUGCUGCGAACUCGAGGUCUUUGAUCUGGGGUACUCAACUCCAUACUCAUGCUCUCCGCCAAGGGCUCGAUACCCAUAUCUUUGUGGGGACUACUCUGGUUAGUAUGUACGCUGAAUGUGGAUUCGUUACCUCUGCAAGGAAGGUGUUCGACCAAAUGCCUGAACUGAAUGUUGUGGCAUGGAAUGCAAUGUUGACUGCUUAUGUUAGAUGUAAUGAUUUAAAUGGUGCAGUUCAAGUGUUCGAAACAAUGCCUCUUAAAGACUUGACCUCACGGAAUGUCAUGCUAUCAGGAUACACAAAGGCUGGUGAGCUUGAGCUUGCAAAGAAACUGUUCAUGGAGAUGCCUAUGAAAGAUGACGUAUCAUGGAGCACCAUCAUUCUAGGGCUAGCUCAUAAUUAUCAUUUUCAUGAGUCUAUUUUGUUUUUUAGAGAGUUACAUCGAGAACAAGGGAUGAUAAGACCUAAUCAGGUUAGUUUGACAGGAGUUCUUUCUUCAUGUGCACAAGCUGGGGCUAUUGAGGUUGCUAAAGUUCUUCAUGGUUAUAUUGAGAAAGCUGGUUUACUUUGGAUUUGUUCUGUGAAUAAUGCACUUUUGGAUACAUACUCAAAAUGUGGUAAUUUACAAUCUGCUCGUUUGGUCUUUGAAUUAAUGCCGAUUGGCGAAAAGAGCCUUGUUUCUUGGACUUGCAUGAUGGCAGGACUUGCGAUGCAUGGCUAUGGCGAAGAAGCAAUGAAACUCUUCAAUGAGAUGUUGCUAUCUGGAAUCAAACCAGACGGAAUAACCUUUAUAUCACUCUUGUAUGCUUGUAGUCAUUCUGGAUUAAUAAAAGAAGCAAAUGGGUAUUUCUAUAAGAUGCGAGAAUACGACAUAGACCCGAGUGUUGAACAUUACGGUUGUAUAGUUGAUCUUUACGGUAGAGCUGGUCAAUUACAGAAAGCUUACGAAUUUAUCAUCAAAAUGCCAAUCCCACCAAAUGCCAUCAUUUGGAGGACUCUUCUAGGUGCCUGCAGCAUUCACAACAAUCUUGAAUUAGCCGAACAAGUUAAGGAAAAGCUUUCGGAGCUCGAUCCAAAUAAUCCAGAUGACCAUGUAUCGCUGUCGAAUGUUUACGCAGUUGCAGGUAAAUGGAAUGAUGUUGCGGAAGUGAGAAGAUCUAUGAUAACCCAAAGACUGAAAAAGAAUCCCGGUUGGAGUAUGAUUGAAGUUGGGAAGAUUGUUUAUAAAUUUGUUGCAGGUGGUGGGAAGGAUGACGACGAUGCUGAUAUAAGAAAAGAAGCAUAUGAGAAGCUUGGGGAGGUUAUGAUGAGACUGAGAGUGGAAGCAGGUUAUGUUCCUGAAGUUGGUAAAGUAUUAUAUGAUAUAGAAGACGAAGAGAAAGAGGAUGUUUUGUCAAUGCACAGUGAAAAGCUUGCUGUAGCUUUUGGAAUGACAAAAUUAUUAUGUUGUAAAGAAGGAGAUGCUGGGGAGAGUAUGAUUAUUAGGAUAAUAAAGAAUUUGAGAGUUUGUAUUGAUUGUCAUACUAUGAUGAAGCUUAUAUCUAAGGUUUAUGGAUUGGAGAUAGUGUUGAGAGAUAGGAGUAGAUUUCAUUGUUUUAAAAACGGAUCUUGCUCGUGUCGAGAUUAUUGGUGAUUGAUUCGAAUAUAAGAUAGUUCUUUGAGAAUAACCAAUAUAGUGGAAUGUUUA